AAAAAAAGGAAAGAAAAAAACAAAACCAAGCGUCUUUAUUGGUCUUUUGGUCUUUAUUGCAUCUAGGCGAGUGUUGUGAAACUGUAUUCAAUUUUAGUUUCGUUGCCGUUCAUUUAGAGUGUAGUGAUGCCGUUUUCAUGUGCCGAAAUUUAAAAAAAAACUAAUACGAGCCCACCAGCUUGUUUGACAUUUUGAGUCGUCGCUGGGGUGCAAUAAUCAGCACCAAAAUUGUAAACUCCCCCACUGUGCGUUGUCGAGACAAGUGGCUCAGCUAAGGCAGCUCAAUCGCUAAGUCAAUAAUAGUCAAACGUGACGUGCUGUUGGACAUUUAUGAGUGAAAAACAAAGCUCACUGGUACGGCUGGUACUAAAGGGUAUAGCCAAGUGAAACGCAAGCAGAAUAAAUGAGAUAAAACGGCCGCAAACGAAAGGCAACUCACCUUCCCGCCACAAGGCAACGUUGAAAAAGUUAAGCCUUCCAUUCAGCGAUGAAGUGAUACCAUCAAGCGAGUGCUAUCACGCGAGUUAAACGUGGCGGUCGUGAAUCUGUGCAGGAUGCACGUAGCUGCAGUGUGCAUAUUGCUUGGUGCAACGUUAGCGUUGAGCACCGGGACUCCGAGCGUCACGGAUGGGAAGGAACAUCCGCAAUCUGUCACCGCCAAGCUGCCCGUACCGAGUGUCAACACAACCGUGUCAAAAGUGAUCGAGGCCAUGCUAACCGAAGGUGACAGCAAAAAUGGUUCCACCAUACCGAUCCCGGAACACCACCACGAUCGCGCACAGCGCAUUGUGGCCCGGAAGGGUGUCAGCAAUGAGGCGGCACCAGUGACGAAGGGUAGCACCCUAGCUGACCAACCCCCAGUCGACAGCAAGCCACCCCUAGCAUUCACCGAACGCACGCAAAAUGGCUCUACCAGCACGGUGUUGGUAGCGCGAUCGAAUGUAACGUUAACCGCAACAACCGCAAGCGUGGCCACUUCCACCACCGUCACAAACGCAUCCUCAACCUCCACCACCACGUCCACCUCCAAACCAUCACCACCACAAUCAAAAUCACCCGCAACCAACAGCUCGGCUGUCACGAUGCGACCAUCCACCGUGGUUAGCAACACGAGUACAACGAGCACCACCGUAACCGCGACCAGCACCAAUACUACGAUCGCGACAACUACGAAGCCUCCAAGAAAGCCAAAGAUCACCUUCUCGAUCGUGGACGAGCCACGGUUGCUGCAGGCGGCAAAACCGGGCUACGUCAUGCCAAACGAUCCCGUCGACGGUAGCGGUCGAUUGCGCGUUGAUGAGCCCCUCGCUCAGUUCUCGAAGGAGCUACUACCUCCAGGACUUGGGGCAGGUGAACCACCCAACAGCCGCCGUGAGUACGUCGCCCCGAUCGUGACGCUUAUCUUCGCCAUCCCGCUCCUCCUCGGGCUGUUUCUGCUGUCGUACCGGCGUGCGAAGGAGUUCUGGCUUACGCGGCACUACCGGCGCAUGGACUUCCUUAUCGAUGGCAUGUACAACUACUGAAAUCUCCGAUAGCGAAUAUCAGCUGGUUGGUUUGGCCGGCUUUUCCUCCCGCGACUAACGAUUAAAGCGAUAAAAGUGCCUUCUAACCUGCUCGCACACAAACACAUUCUUGGGUGCACCGGCCUGGCCGGAAGCCCACUAGGAGGCUAGGUUGAGCUAGGUCUGAGCCCCCUCUUCUCUGGUUUUCUUUUUUCUCAUACAUGCGGCCACAAAAUGGCCGCCAAAUGCUUUCCACGCGCAAUUUAGACAGGUGGCAGAAGAUG